AUGGCUGACCCGGCGGUGGCGGACGUGAAGGCGGAGAAGGCUGCGGCGAACGGAUCGGCGGGAGGCGGCUGCGAUGCGGCGGCAGCAGUGGGGCAGGGCAAGAAGCGAGCGGACCAGGCAGUGGCGUUCCACGAGCUGUUCUCCUUCGCCGACAAGUGGGACCUGGCGCUCAUGUCCCUUGGGAGCCUCGGCGCGGUGGCGCACGGCGCCGCCAUGCCCUGCUUCUUCCUCCUCUUCGGGGACCUCAUCAACGGCUUCGGCAAGAACCAGACCGACCUCCGCACCAUGACCGACGAGGUCGCCAAGUAUGCGCUCUACUUCGUCUACCUCGGACUGGUGGUCUGCGUCGCCUCCUACUCUGAGAUCGCGUGCUGGAUGUACACCGGGGAGCGGCAGGUGAUCGCGCUCCGGAAGGCGUACCUGGACGCGGUGCUGCGGCAGGACGUCGGGUUCUUCGACACGGACGCGCGCACGGGGGACAUCGUCUUCGGGGUCUCCACCGACACGCUGCUCGUGCAGGACGCCAUCGGCGAGAAGGUCGGCAACUUCAUCCACUACCUCGCCACCUUCUUCGCGGGGCUCGUCGUCGGCUUCAUCUCCGCGUGGCGGCUGGCGCUGCUUAGCGUCGCCGUCAUCCCCGCCAUCGCCUUCGCCGGCGGACUCUACGCCUACACUCUCACCGGGCUCACCUCCAAGAGCCGGGAGUCCUACGCCAAUGCCGGCGUCGUGGCAGAGCAGGCAAUUGCACAAGUUAGAACAGUCUACUCAUUCGUUGGAGAGAGCAAAGCGCUCAAUUCCUACUCCGAAGCAAUCCAGAACACACUGAAGCUUGGUUACAAAGCUGGAAUGGCUAAAGGUCUUGGAAUUGGAUGCACAUACGCGAGUGCAUGCAUGUCUUGGGCACUAGUAUUCUGGUAUGCCGGUGUCUUCAUCAGGAAUGGGCAGAGUGAUGGUGGCAAGGCUUUUACUGCCAUCUUUUCUGCAAUCGUUGGUGGCAUGAGUCUUGGCCAGGCAUUCUCAAAUCUUGGAGCUUUCAGCAAAGGGAAGAUUGCUGGUUACAAACUGUUGGAGGUCAUUCGUCAGAAACCUUCCAUAGUAAAUGAUCAGAAGGAUGGCCAGUGUUUGGCAGAGGUCCAUGGAAAUAUAGAGUUCAAGGAUGUUACUUUCAGUUAUCCAUCAAGGCCUGAUGUUAUGAUCUUUCGGGAUUUCUCUUUGUUCUUUCCUUCUGGGAAAACUGUUGCAGUUGUUGGAGGCAGUGGAUCUGGAAAGAGCACUGUUGUGGCUUUGAUAGAAAGGUUCUAUGAUCCUAAUGAAGGCAAGGUUUUGCUGGACAAUGUUGACCUCAAGACACUGCAAUUGAGGUGGCUGAGAGAUCAGAUUGGACUAGUAAACCAAGAACCUGCCCUUUUUGCAACUACUAUCCUUGAGAAUAUACUGUAUGGAAAGCCUGAUGCCACGAUUGCAGAAGUUGAAGCUGCAGCAACUGCAUCCAAUGCUCAUAGUUUUAUCACUCUCCUCCCCAAUGGAUACAACACAAUGGUUGGUGAGCGGGGAAUUCAGCUCUCUGGUGGUCAGAAACAGCGUAUUGCAAUAGCUCGUGCUAUGCUGAAGGACCCCAAGAUACUGCUCCUUGAUGAAGCUACUAGUGCUUUAGAUGCAGAUUCAGAAAACAUUGUGCAAGAAGCUCUAGACCGCCUGAUGGUUGGACGAACUACAGUAGUUGUUGCGCACCGCCUGUCUACUAUUAGAAAUGUAAACAUGAUCGCAGUGAUACAGCAAGGCCAAGUUGUUGAGACUGGGACACAUGAUGAACUUCUACUGAAAGGAACCUCUGGAGCAUAUGCAUCUCUGAUUCGUUUUCAGGAAUCAGCACGUAAUAGAGAUCUUGUUUGUGCAUCUACCCGACGGUCGCGCUCAAUGCACCUGACAAGCUCUCUUUCCACCAAAUCUUUGAGCCUCAGGUCGGGAAGUUUACGGAACCUGAGCUAUCAGUACAGUACUGGAGCAGAUGGGCGCAUUGAGAUGAUGUCGGUUGCAGAUAAUAGCCUCAAAUACCCAGCACCGCGUGGUUACUUUUUCAAGCUCCUGAAAUUGAAUGCUCCCGAGUGGCCUUAUGCGGUGCUGGGUGCCAUUGGCUCUGUUCUGUCUGGAUUCAUUGGUCCAGCAUUUGCCAUUGUUAUGGGUGAAAUGCUUGAUGUGUUCUACUACAAAGAUCUCAACGAGAUGGAGAGGAAAACUAAGCUUUAUGUGUUCAUCUACAUUGGCAUAGGCAUAUAUGCUGUAGUUGCCUAUCUUGUGCAGCACUACUUCUUCAGCAUAAUGGGAGAAAAUCUUACAACCAGGGUUAGGAGGAUGAUGCUGUCCGCGAUACUAAGGAAUGAAGUUGGUUGGUUUGACGAAGAAGAAAACAACUCAAGUCUUGUGGCUGCUCGUGUAGCGGUUGAUGCGGCUGAUGUGAAAUCAGCGAUAGCUGAGAGGAUAUCAGUGAUACUGCAGAACAUUACCACCCUUAUGACAUCUUUCAUUGUCGGUUUUAUCAUUGAGUGGAGAGUGGCACUCCUUAUUCUGGCCACUUUCCCUCUUCUUGUGCUUGCCAACUUUGCGCAGCAACUUUCAAUGAAGGGGUUUGCUGGUGACACAGCCAAGGCACAUGCCAAGAGCAGCAUGGUUGCUGGUGAAGGCGUGAGCAACAUCCGCACCGUGGCAGCGUUCAACGCUCAAAACAAGAUCAUGUCUCUCUUCAGCCAUGAGCUGCGCAUACCAGAGGAGCAGAUCCUGCGCCGCAGUCAGACUGCGGGCCUUCUGUAUGGCCUCUCACAGCUCUGCCUGUACUGCUCAGAAGCGCUCAUUCUCUGGUAUGGUUCUCACCUGGUCCGGUCACAUGGGUCAACCUUCUCCAAGGUCAUCAAGGUUUUCGUUGUCCUUGUUGUGACUGCCAACUCCGUUGCCGAGACGGUCAGCCUGGCCCCGGAGAUCAUCCGUGGAGGCGAAUCUAUCCGCUCCAUCUUCGGCAUCCUCAACAGGGCGACAAGGAUCGAGCUUGAUGAUCCGGAGUCGGAGCGUGUCAGCACUGUUCGCGGGGACAUUGAGCUGCGGCAUGUCGACUUCGCCUACCCGGCCCGCCCUGACAUUGAAAUCUUCAAGGAUUUCAACCUGAAGAUCCAGGCUGGGCGCAGCCAGGCUCUAGUUGGAGCUAGCGGGUCUGGAAAGAGCACUGUCAUUGCCCUCAUCGAGCGGUUCUACGACCCAACUGGUGGCAAGGUUAUGAUCGAUGGCAAGGACAUCAGGAGGCUGAACCUGAAGUCCCUGCGGCUCAAGAUUGGCCUCGUGCAGCAGGAGCCUGUACUCUUCGCGUCGAGCAUUCUUGAGAACAUCGCGUAUGGCAAGGAAGGCGCGACCGAGGAGGAGGUGAUCGAGGCAGCCAAGACAGCGAACGUGCACAGCUUCGUCAGCCAGCUGCCCGACGGGUACAAGACGGCGGUUGGCGAGCGAGGCGUGCAGCUGUCAGGCGGCCAGAAGCAGCGGAUCGCCAUCGCCAGGGCGGUGCUCAAGAACCCAGCCAUCCUGCUCCUUGACGAGGCGACGAGCGCGCUGGACGCCGAGUCUGAGUCCGUGCUGCAGGAGGCACUGGAGCGGCUGAUGAAGGGGCGGACCACCGUCCUGGUCGCGCAUCGCCUCUCAACGAUCCGAGGCGUGGACCGCAUAGCGGUCGUCCAGGAUGGGCGGAUCGUCGAGCACGGCGGCCACUCGGAGCUGGUGGCGCGGCCGGAAGGGGCGUACUCGCGGCUGCUGCAGCUGCAGCACCACCGCAACUGA